UGCCACGUCAGGGGAGUGUCCCGCGGCGAGGCGGGCUGGGCUGGGCCGGGGCCGGCCUUCCUCCUCCACCCCCUGCCCCCGCCGCCGGAGCCGCCGCGGAGGGAGCGGUGCCCGCUGCCAUGGAGGCCCGGUACAACCUCAAGAGCCCGGCUGUCAAACGUUUGAUGAAAGAGGCUGCAGAACUGAAGGAUCCUACAGAUCAUUAUCAUGCACAGCCUUUGGAGGACAAUCUUUUUGAAUGGCACUUCACUGUUAGAGGCCCUCCAGAUUCAGAUUUUGAUGGAGGGAUUUAUCAUGGGCGAAUAGUGCUACCACCUGAAUAUCCCAUGAAACCACCCAGCAUUAUUCUGCUGACGGCAAAUGGCAGGUUUGAAGUGGGGAAGAAAAUUUGUUUAAGCAUCUCAGGGCAUCAUCCUGAAACAUGGCAGCCUUCGUGGAGUAUAAGAACAGCUUUACUAGCCAUCAUUGGAUUUAUGCCAACCAAAGGUGAAGGAGCAAUAGGAUCUCUAGAUUACACACCAGAAGAAAGAAGAGCUCUUGCAAAGAAGUCACAAGACUUCUGUUGUGAAAUGUGUGGCACAUCUAUGAAGACUGCCCUCUUACCACUGACAUCUGGAAGUGUGUCAAGCCAGGCAGACAAGGAGGCUAAAGAGCUUGCCAGGCAAAUUAGCUUCAAGGCAGAGGUCAAUUCAUCCAGGAGAUCUGAUGCUGGACCCUCAAACACAUCAGGGCUGAACCCCUCUGCUGCUUCACGUGAGCCCCAGCAGGAUGGUGCAGCCAGAGCAUUCCCAGAUCCAGCAAGUGCAACGCGUGAGGGGCAGAGCGGCAGCGCGGCAGCCGGGCCGGAGCAGCCGCCGGCCGUGCCCAGCAGCAGCAGCGGCAGCAGCAGCGGCAGCAGCGGCUCGCUGAGCCCCCGGCAGCGCCGCGCACAGCAGCAGGGCCAGAGACGCGGCCCGGCCUCGGCCGACCUCAGCCGCGCCCAGCAGCCCCGCGGCAACGCCAGCCACGCGGGCUCCACCGUGCUCAUCGUCCUGCUCACCUUCGCCCUGGCCGCCCUCAUAUUCCGCAGAAUAUGUCUGGCUAACGAGUACGUGUUUGAGUUGUAAGGUUGUUUGUCCUAACGGCGGCGACUUGAGUGCUUCGCUGAACGUUCUGUGUUGGCUGUGACAUGAGAACUGUUUACAAAGGUUACUUUUUGUAUUUACGCUUACGUCCUUAUGAAUGUUAAUGUGUCUGCAAAGUUGGACCUGUAAGCUAUGAGUUUUAAUUGAGUGCCCACUAGAUACUUGGAGAAACAGUGCAGUGGAAUAGUAACAUCAAGGCAUGUGGGAUGGGACUAAAUUUGAACAAUUUAUUUAGUAAAAGACAAUUUUUAAAAAACGGUUGAUUCAAUUUUUUAUGGGGCAUAAAUGCUCGUAUAAGUACCCCGUCUAAAUUAAUAUAAGAUCUGACGUUGAACAGGGGAUGAUAAAAUGAAACACUGCUAUGUGUUUAUGUCUGGUGAACUCCUAAUUUAGAGGGAAUACAGUUUUGUAACCACUUUUAUUUGCCAUGACACAUUUCCAGAGGAGAAACACAUACAAUUUGGUUGUGAUGCUGCUUUGUGUGUGUGGAAGGGGGACGGGAUUGUGGGAGGAAAGUAGGUGCCAGAAAACAACUUGCAUUAUUUUGGUUUUUAUUUUUUGGAAGAAAGAUUGGGUAGUCUUUUGAAAGAUUUGAAUGUCCUCUUCUAGUACCUUCAACUGUAUAUCUUGUUUUUAAAAUUUGAAGAUUAUGCAAAACAUGUCUAUUCUUGCAAUAGUUAUAAAUAUGUAAUAUAAUUAUUUACCCAGAGCUGUUGUCUUUUAAUUAUACCAGAAAUAUACAUAAUGUGUUGAACUGAAUGUUUCGUAUGUGGUUUUAUUUACUAAAGAAAAUUUAAGCCUUAUUACCUAAAUUCUGAUAUAUAUGGACAUGCUUAACAGAAGUAUUUAUUACAAUCCUGCUAGUAAUAAAGUUUCAAGCCAGUCUUUGGAUAUGUUUCAA